UCAGUGAAGGAGGCAUCAUUUGUAUCUUGUUCCUACAGAAGCAAGACAAGAGAAAGGCUGGGGGUGGGCCUGGAGUUCAGACAUACCAACCCUUAAUGUAUUCAAUCCUUUUGUAAGAAACAAAUGCACCAUGCCAUAAUGGGGUGAGAAAGGGGAAAGAAAAAGAAGUACGAGGGAGGCAGUAGACACAUCUCAGGACCUUUGGUUUUACAUCAGUAUGCUUCAUCUAACAUUUCAUUCUGAGAUUCAGUAAAGCAAGUUCAGUCUUUUUGUGGCUUUUUGAAUUUCCUGAUUACUGACGUGACAACACAGCGCUCAUAUCUAACUGGAGCUGGCGGCGUGAUGAGAUCAGUGAAGAAUAAACAGAAGACAGAAUGACAGAACAUCUGACUUUGGAGAUAAAACGCCAUUACUGAAAUGAGUAUAACGGGAAGCAUCAGUCUGUUCCUUCUGCUGAUUUACUGUGUAACCGUAUGCUUGGCUUUCCUGCCCAAUUUCUGGUCUCGAGUGCUGACAUUGUCAUGGAACUCUUAUACACACCAGUAUAUGACAGAGCAGGCUCUGCUCAACGUCACCAUGGAGACAAUUAACAUGAUGCCUGAACACUUUGGAGGUCAGGAGCAGGUUGACCUGGGUCGGGCAUUUUGGAAAUCAGUGUCUGAGGUGGUCAGUGCCAAUGCUGAAAUGGACUUCCUGAGCUCUACGCGAUCUGACCCUGUGUAUCACUUUGACUCUGAGAAAGUAGAAGAAAGCACAGCGAUGAUACGGGACUUCUGGAAGCAGGCGGUUCUGUUGACUCAGAAGAAGGAUUAUCAGGGAGCAAGAUACAUCCUGGGACAGCUCCUGCAUGGCUUACAGGACUUUUAUAGCCACAGCAACUGGGUGGAAAUGGGACAGCGCACCGAGUACCUUCAUUUGUUGCACCCCGAAGAGCCUGCAGUACCUGUAGCUUCAGAGGACACUCCUACCUGUGCUGCGUGCCAUCGAUACAGUUGUUAUAAUAAUAUUUUGGAAGACCUUGUAAGGGGUCCACCAGACCCUCUCCUGACCACUGGAUAUUUCAGCACUUACCCAGUCAAACCUAUAGGGAAGUGCAGCCACGGUGGAAUUCUGGACAGCAGUCGUCACCAGGCAGCCGAAGGUGGCAUUAAUAAGGACAGCACUUCCCCUUUCUUCUCCCCACACCACUUCCUUCACAAUGAAGCUGCGCAGCUUGCUUCCAAGGCAACUCUCAGAGUGCUCCGUGACCUCAGAGAUGAAGUGGGGCCCAAGAACUUCCUCAGGUUCCUCAGCGUCAAACAGCCUCCAGCCCUGGUGUUUGUCAUAGACACUACCGGUAGCAUGUUUGAGGAGAUCACAGCUGCUCGUCUCCGUGUCCUGUCCAUCAUUCAGGCACGAGCAAUGAAUCAUGAACCUGGGCUUCCUGGCACUUUUCUACUCAUCCCCUUCCAUGACCCGACUGUAGGCCCAGUUUUAGAGACAGAUGAUCCCAGUGAGUUCCAGCAGUUCAUGGAGAAUUUAAUGGCGCUUGGUGGAGGAGACGAACCAGAGAUGUGUCUCUCUGCUGUUCAGCUGGCUCUUAUCCAUAGUCCACCUUUGUCUGAGAUUUUUGUUUUUACUGAUGCGUCCCCUAAAGACAGACACUUGUACAGCAUUGUCAAAGCUCUUGUUUUAGAAAAGCAGAGCAAGGUGACCUUCCUUUUAACCGAAGACCCACAUCAAAGUGAAAGAAUGACUAGUAAGAGAAAGAGGAGAGCGACCUUAUCUCCUGACAGAUUCUCUCUGUACUCCUCUCUGUCCUUAUUAUCUGGAGGGAUGACCAUCUUCACCACUAACAAAGAUAUUCAUAAAGCUUCAGCAAUCGUGGAAGACAGCACUACUUCCAGCAAGGUGACACUGUUUCAUGCAGUAAGUGAAGCUGAUUCAUCACAUUCCUUCACAAUCGACCAGCAAGUCAGAUCUGUUCGGAUCCAUGUUGCUGGAAAACUAACACGCUGUGUCCUAAUCAGCCCUACAGGAGCUCAUCAGUCUCUUCUUAGUGAAACAGGUCCUCUAGGUGAGCUGGAUCAGUCUGAUGGUCUGUACCGAAUCAAGCUUUUACCGCCUGUAGCAUCUGGCCAAUGGCAUUUCAACAUCACAUCCCAUGGACCAAUCACAUUUAAUGUCUUGGGAGAAAGCGCUCUGGACUUUUUCUAUUACUUUGCAGCAGAGGCAAAUGAGACACAUCCUGGGCUAAGAAGACUAGAAGGCAGUCCUAUUGCAGGUGUAUCAGCAUUUUUAGUGGUGACUGUAACAGGCCUGGCCACCAAUGAUGAAGCCACUUUUAGUCAUGUGACCUUGCUAGAGUCCAGUGGCGAAAGCUUUCAGAAGGUAUUACUGAAUUCUUCAACUUCCACUGGUUCAGGAGAGGAGCUGGUCGGCUUCAUCGAGUCGGUUCCCAGGAAGCCCUUUAGCGUACGUCUCUGUGGUAAAGACAGAAGAGGGAAUGCGCUUGAGAGAGUUUCCACUGAGAUGGUUCAGCCCACACAUGUACAUAUUAUGGUGCUGUCAACUCCUCAACUUCUUCCAGGUCAUCACUCUACAAUUUUGUUUGAAGUGUUUAAUCAUGGUCCUGCCCGUCAUUUCAUAUUGACCGCUGAAGAUGACCUUGGCUUCCUCUCGCAUGGCAAACAUCAUCGGUUGUUUAUAGGAGAGAGAGGAUCUGUGAGGGAGGAGGUCAAGCUGAAGACUCCACACUCCACCCAGGCAGGUCAGACACUUACAGUGACCCUCACAGUCCAGGCACAUGACUCAACAGAUUCCAACUAUGCUGUUGUAUAUCUGCUGGUUUUACCCGAGGAGCCUGAUACGUCUCCUCCGUCGUGUUCUGUAGUGUACAUGGAAUCAAACUGUCCUCCUGUUCCUCAGUGCUUUCUGGGUAACUGGAGUGUCUAUCUGACAGUGAAGGACAAGGGGAACUCUGGCCUGGCAAGCAUACAACUCGCUGAAGGACAGGGCAGCCUUAUGCUACUCCAUGAGGAGGGAAUUGGGAAAAGUGCAAACUCUCUUACGCAGCUCUCUGAGGAAACAUACGUAAGGCCAACUAAACUGAACCAUGAAGAAGCAACAAGGCAUCAGCUGCAUAAACAUUCAGGAUGGAUCAAGCCGAACGCUCCUAAAAUUACAGAAGACAGAUUAGUGCAUGGCGAACCUCCACUGAACAUUAGUGAGUGGGCUAGGAGAAAGCACAUAAUGCUGUACUAUACUUCAGUCUGCUGUGGCCUUCUGGCUGAGCUGCAUGUGUGGGAUGGAGCAGGCAAUAUGAGGAACUGCAGCCUAGCAGGUAGCCAACAGAGGGCGCUAAGAGAGAAAAACUGUGCAGCUAAUGGGCUUACACAUACAGUUCUAACACUCGCUUUAUGGACUUUGUUAGACACAAUUUGUGCAUAGUAAAGCUUACAACUCAUCCCAAAAUGCUUUAAAAAUAUUAAAAUAGACUACACUGGAGAAUGGAGAAACACUGAAACCAUUGGAGAGCAUUUCUAUAAGAGAAUAUUGGGUAGUGUGGUGACCUAAAUCCUAGUAUUGGUGCCUCACUGCUCAGGGGUCAUUGCAUCAUAGGCUUGGAUUUCUGCUACUGUUUCACAUCUUCUCCACAUGUUCCUUUGGGUCUCUGUGUUCUCUGUGUUUAAUCUGAUCUCCCAAACACACCACUAGGUCAGUUGAAUGCCUCUAGGUGUGAAUAUGUGUCUGAGUCCAUUGUGUAUUCUUGUCUCCUGCAAUGUGUUCCUGAGAUAUAUCCUGACCAGGAUAAAGUGGUAACUGACGACGAAAUAAAUAAAUAUUUUACACACAUUAA